AUGACUAUGACCAUGAGAUCACUUGAACCUUCGCCUUAUUUUGCGGGAUAUCCUUUCCAAGAAACAUGCGACAAAGAUAUCCAAUCGGAGCAUUCAAGUAUGCCUAAUUACCUUAAAUUACUGCGUUACAACUUGACUUUACCAGUCACGCUUAUCUUUUAUCGCGAGUACGGGCCAUCUAACAAAUUUAAAAACUGUGAAACAAGUCAUAAAACUCCACAAGCUUUAAAGAUUUUUUAUGCAAAUUUGAAUGCACAUGAUGUAGAGAGCAGCAAAAAAUUAAUAUCAGGUAAUCAAUGA